AUGCUGUUACAGGAACCAGUGACACUUGAGGAUGUGGCUGUGGGCUUCACCCAGGAGGAGUGGCAGCAGCUGGCCCCUGCUCAGAAGACCCUACACAGGGAUGUGAUGCUGGAGAUCUAUAGCUACCUGGUCUCUGCGGUCUGGUAUAUUGAUGGUCAGCUAGAUAGAUAUCAAGGAAACCAAGGCAGGGUUUUGAGGCAGAUCACAGUCUUCAGCCAUGAAACCAUGACCAAGAAGAGAGGCCCUAAAUGUAAUGUAUUUGGAAAAAUAUUCGGUGGAUGCAUAGACCUUGAUCCUUCAAGUAAAACACUCCAUCACUUUGAUUCACGUGAAAAGAGCUUGAAAUCUAAUCUAGACUCACUGACUUGUAAUAGGAGCUAUAUAAGAAAGAACCCCAUUGAGCAAUUUGGAUGUGGGAAACCACUUAGCUAUAGUUCUUCCUGUUCUGUGCCUGAGAAAAUUCACAUUGGAACGAAAUCCCAUGCACACAGUCAAUGUGUAAAAGUUAUAAAUCAUAAGCAAGCCCAUAUUCAGUAUAAGAAAGUUCACGUUGGGAAAAAAACACAAUGUAGUGUUUGGGGGAAGGGCUUUAUUAAGAAGUCACAGCUUGGUAUACAUCAAAGAGUUCAUACUAGAGAGAAACUGUAUGUAUGUGGAGAUUGUGGAAAAGCCUUCAGUGAGAAAUCACACCUCAUUGUGCAUCAGAGGAUUCACACUGGGGAGAAAUCCUAUGAAUGUUCUGAAUGUGGGAAGGCCUUCUCCCAAAAGUCACUCUUCAUUGUUCAUCAGAGAGUCCACACUGGAGAGAAACCUUAUGAAUGUUUGGAGUGUCAAAAGGCCUUCUCCCAGAAGACACAUCUCAUUAUACAUCAGCAACUUCAUACCAGAGAGAAGCCCUUUGGAUUCAGCGAGUGUGGUAAAGCCUUCUGUGAGAAAUAUCACCUUUUUAUACACUAGAUAACUCAUACUGAGGAGAACCCUUAUGAAAGUACUGAAUGUGGGAAGACUUUCCCUCGGAAAACGCUUGUCAUCCAUCAGAGAAUGCAUACUGGAGAGAAACCCUGUAAGUGUAGUGAAUAUGGGAAAACUUUUGGCCAGCAGUCCUACCUCAUAGGACACAGAAGAAUUCAUACAGGAGAGAAACCUUAUAUAGGUACUGACUGUGGGAAGGCUUUUUCCCAGAAGUCACACCUCUCUGGACACCAAAGGCUUCCUACUGGAGAGAAACCUUAUGCAUGUACAAAAUGUGGAAGAGCCUUCUCUCAGAAGUCACCUCUUAUUAUACACCAGAGAAUUCAUACAGGAGAGAAACUGUAUGAGUGUAGUGAAUGUGGCAAAACGUUUUCCCAGAAAUCACCUUUCAUUAUUCAUCAGAGAAUUCAUACAGGGGAGAAACCCUAUGAGUACAUUGUUCCUGGCCUGGGAUGCAGACUCCUGGGCCUGGGACUUGUCUCACACGAAGGUAUGACCUUGAAUGACAAGACAUUAUUAUUCUUGGAGGAGUAG